CUUUCAGCAACGCAGUCAACAUCACUGGACAGAUGUCCAGGUCUGAGAGCUCUUCAUUUCUUCUUCCAUUGAUCGUUGGACUGGUUUGUGGAAUUUCACUGAUCAUUCUCCUGCUUCUUUGUUGCCGCAGAAAAAUAAAGGAUGCAUGCAGUAACAGUCUCUCUCAGUCUCUGAACAUCAACCAAGGCUCUGCUACACAGCAAACAGUGAACCAGAAUGAAACUCAAGUUUACUCCUCUCUUCUCCAUGCUGAUGUUUGUGUCUAUGAAUCAAUCAGAGGCUCUGGAAACACAGGAAGUGGGGAACCAGAACAUGAAUCCAGAAAUAUUACAUCUCAUCUUCAGCUUCAAGGGAGACAUGACACUGAGAAGAGCUCUGACUACAAUAACGUGAAUCCUGAAUCUUUUUCAUGUGUCACAUGGAGCCAGUCUCAGAGAACCAGUCAGAUCCCUGCCACAGUCCAGACUGUCAGCCAGGAUGAAAAUCAGCAGCACAUAUACUCCUCUCUUCUCCACGGUGAUGCUUGUGUCUAUGAGUCACUCAGAGGUCCUGAAAACACUGGAGAUGUUGGACGGGCCGGUGGCUCCACAAAUGUCAAAUCUCAGACUGAGCUCAGAGAUGUUGGACAGAGGAGAAAACGAGGUGAUCCAGGGAAGAGCUCCGACUACUAGAAUGUGAAUCCAGACUCAUC